AUGAACGAAGAACAGCUGAAGGAAGCUGUAAGUGACUAUAUUAACAAUGCUUUUGAUGAAGUUGUUGAACCUAUUGGAUUUCCGGACGUGAUAGAAGAAACAAUCGCGAAUCAUGUUAGAAGGAAUGAACAACUACUGAAGGAGCCUCCUUCUCAUGAUCAGAGCGAUCACCGAGCAUGUCUUCAAGCUAGGCUACUGAAUAUUGUUAGGGAAAAGCGGAUGAAUAAGGUAAGUUAACAUUGUUUGCUAAAUGUUAUUUUUGAACUUUGGAGUUAAGUUUACAAUGUUUAUGUGUUUUCUAAAUAUAACUUUUGAGUUUCAGUAUCAAAACAAAAGCGAGGAGAUGAGGGAUAACAUACGACAAUUGUUUGAAGUUAAUGCAGAGGUGAGUUUCUGUUAUAUUACUUUAUCUUGUGCUUUAGUUACAAUCCAUGAUCUCCCACAACAAACACGAGAAUCAGAAACCAACACAGCUCUUCUGUAACACCAAAGAAUAUCACGACGAAAGCUAUCAGAGUUUUUUGGAAGACUUGAAUCGGAGGUUGAAGCUGGAAGUGGAUUCAAAGCCUCGAUAG